AUGUAUUUGCAGCAGAUUUUAUUUUUUAAUGAUCCCCGAACUUUGUUAUAUAGAAGAUCUCCGUCAUAUGAAAUGAGGUUGGCAACAUAUACUGAAAGAGGUUUAAGAAUUUUGCACAAACAUAUAUGUUUUAUCAGUACUAUUAGAAAAAUUUUCGACGAUUGUUGCGAUCACUGCCCCGAACCUAGUACUCCAGAGGAAUUUUCCGCUCAAGUUGAGGAAGAUAAAAUAUUUAUAAGAGAUCAGAAGUCUGGAUUGGAAAUCGCUUCAAUUUUGUUAAAAAAUGGUGCUAGUGCUUUCCAGGUUGAUCGUGGGUUAAUUUAUUAA